AUGACAACAGUUGGAGCCACAGAAGAUAACCAGAGUGCUGAAAUCCCUCAAAUUUGCGCAAAAUCACAAGAAUCAACCGCUAACAUUACCGAGGGCAGCGAGGAUGAGUGGUUGAUUUCUAUAAAGAACUAUGUUAAAGACACAACAGAGAAACCCCAAAUAGCAAGGGUUCCAUUACUGCUGCGUGAAGCAAACAAAGUUUGUUUUGUUCCUCUCGUAGUUUCGAUAGGCCCUUAUCAUCGUGGAGAUCCAAAGCUCAAAGCAUUCGAGGAACUAAAAAUUCCAAUCGCGCAGAAAUUUUGUCAUGCCUGUGAAAAUAAAGUCUCCAUCGAACAGAUGUAUAAAGCGGUGGCAAGGGAGGGUAAAACUGCCCGCGAAUGCUAUGAGAAAGGCUCAACUAAAUGUUAUAACGAUGAAGUAUUCAACAGAAUGAUGUUUCUUGAUGCUUGCUUUGUGCUUCAUGUUAUGUUAAUCUUAAAAGAAGGAAAUGUUUCCAAUGGGACAGAUAAGGAACAAAAAGAAGUAGAUCCACUACAGCAUGGAAGUUGCUACCUUGCUUUUGUGCAGAGGGACUUGUUCUUGCUAGAGAAUCAAAUUCCUUUACUAAUACUAAAUGUUUUAAUGAAAUUCAGGUUCAAAAAAGAAAACGAGAGGACAGAGUUGAUUCAGAAUUUCAUUGAUCGGAAGUUCACUGUAAUGCGACCUCAGAAAAAUACAUGCACUAAAGCUUUUGAAAAAUUACAUGAACGAAUGAUGGGAAAACGUGAUCAAGAAAAGAAUGAAUGGAAAUUAGAUUUGAAUGCUAGCCCUCCUCACCUUCUACAUCUAGCGCGGGACCAGCUCAUCGGGAAACCUCCUGAAAAAACAAACAUGGAGAAAUCAGUCCAGUGGCAUUCAUAUCGUUCAGGGUCAUCGGGCAGUAGAGGAUCGUUCUUGGCGGAGUUUACUCGGCUAGGAUGUUGUGAAUGGGAUCUGAGUUGUAAAUUGUUGCAGGAGGGUGGAAGAAAAGAUGAAAGACGUGGUGGUUGCGAGAAUGCGAGGUCAGAGGGGAGUUGGCAGCUGCAGUUUUUGGACAUUUUGGUUUUGAACAUGAAGCCAUGGCGAUGCUUUGAAUAA